AUGGCCACUCGACCACAAAACCAAGCGUCCUUGCAUGUUCCCGAAAACAUCGCUCAUAAUGUCAAAACCAUCACAUUUAUUCGCUCUUCCAUGUCUGCAAUUACUGGUUCAGCUGCUGGAAUUUUAGGGUUAACCGGCUAUUUUGGUUUUAUCUUUUAUGGUAUCACCGCUUUGUUCACGUCUUUUCUCAUUUGGGCUUUAAAAACACAAGCAAAACCAGGGAUAUAUUUUCGCAAUAGGACAGAUGUUUGGACAGAAGGAGUGUUUGGGCAAAUAGAUCAAAUUUUUAGUAAUGUAAAAUACAGUUUUAAUAAAUAA